AUGCGCACCACCCUCGUUUCCCUGGCGUUCAUUUCUCUGUGCGUUGCUUCGCCUCUGGCGAGCAUCGAGAGGCGACAGAACGUGGACGACGCGACCGUCUUGAAUUUCGCCCUUACACUCGAGCACCUCGAAAACGCCUUCUACCACGACGCAUUAGCUAAGUACGACGCUAAAGCAUUCAAGAAGGCGGGAUUUCCGCGUCAUACCCGAGAUCGCUUCGCCGAGAUCGCCGCGCACGAGAAGACCCAUGUCAAGUUUUUAACGGCGGCGUUGGGCGAGAGCGCUACUAAGCCGUGUCAAUAUAGCUUCCCGCACACCGACCCGAAGAGCUUUGCAGCUCUCAGUCAGAUUCUUGAAGGUGUCGGGACUUCCGCAUACACUGGAGCCGCUCGUUUCAUCUCCAACAAGGAUUACUUGACCGCCGCAGCGAGCGUCCUCGCCACAGAGGCUCGCCACGCCAGCUGGGUUGCAUCCGCAGUCAAUAAGUUUGCUGGGUGGAGCGGCGCAUUCGACGUACCCCUCGGCUUAAACGAAGUCUACACCCUCGCUGCGCCGUUCAUUACCUCCUGCCCGUCCACCAAUCCACCCCUUCCAGUAAAAGCCUUCCCAUCCCUCGCAUUCACCAACAAGCCCGUCCCCGGGCAUACCACCACUGUCGAGCGAACCCCCGCUAACGCCCCUGCGACUUAUAUCUCUUUCUUCACCGGUCUCGACAAGAUCUUCGUUCCGAUUACAAAUGGGCAAGUUCUUGUGCCGGAGGGUCUGUCGGGCACGGUGUACGCGGUUGCGACGAGGAGUGGAGAGGAGACGACGGAUGAUACGAUUAUUGCUGGACCCACGAUUUUGUUGUUUGAGAGGGAUUCGAGGGGAAACUUGAUCGACUAG